AUGCGGCUCCAACAACUACAAGCGCGAGUUGACUGCAAGACAGAAACUAUUGUCAGACUAGGAAAAGAUUUGGAAGCAGUCCAAGAAGAAAAUCGACUUAUCAAAGCGAGAUCGUUGACAUUGGAGAGAAACCUAGAAAGGGUGGAACAAGAAGUUCAUAAAUAUGCUGCUAAUGAGGUGGACAUCAAAACCAGUUUCAAAAUUGAAAAGCAGCAACUUACGGACGAGGUUGACAAUCUCAGAAAAGAACUAUUCGAAGCACUCAAGGAGAAUGAGGAGUUGAAGGCGGAAAAGUUUGAUUUACAGAAGGACUGUAAGCUAUUUCGGCAGCGAAUCGCUAAGUAUGAGGUUGAGAAAAUUGAAAUAUUAUUUCAAUCCUCUUUCAAAUUGAUUCUUUCUGUUCAGAUAGCAAAUCUUGAAGGUGCAACACCAGCCAUAAUUGAUGAUGGUUCUCAUAGAAGAUCCACAAUGGACGGGGGAGAGGACGAGCUUGGCAAGUAUGAGAAGCUCUACAAAGAGUUUAAACAGAUCGAAACCGACCUGCACACAGUUCUUGGCAUCAAAGAAGAGCUCAUACUAGAGCGUGAUGCUCUAAUGAAAAAAGUUGAAAGACUUAGUACAGAAAUGGCUUUUCUUCUAAAUGGCGAUCCACGCAGAGUAGCCGAAGAUCUAGACAGUCUUGUUGCUGAGAAUCGCUUCCUGAAAGCCCGCUUAGAUUCAGCGAACGAGGAAAGCGAAACAAUGAAGGCAACACUUUCCAAGUACAGAGCUAUGACUGAAGCGCGACCAUCUACGGUCAAUCGAGUAGUUAGUCAGGAAUCAUCUCUCGGAGAGAAAAGUAGCGUAGCUGUCGUAAAUAUGAAGCAAAUACGUGAAUUACUGUCUUCCCAUGCUAUCAAACUCGAUGACAAUGAUUACAAAGCAAUAACUGCAAUACUACUCGAUUUGUGUAACGAUAAGCAAAUGGCCUUGACACAUCUCAGAAGGGCGAACAAAGUUCUCGGAAAUCGUGUGAACGAAGUGGAAAGCCAUUUAGCGGUUUUGGAGGCGAAAUCAAGAAGUACAAGUCCUAACAAACAAUCAUUGGAGAACGGUUAA